GCUAGCUGUUGGUUCAAGAGGGAAACCCUAAGCAUGAGGGAAGGCAUAAGUUACUGCAGGAAGAAAGAAGUCACCCGAGUCUCCUGAGACACCACAAGACCCAUCUGGGAGGAAAAGACAAGAAUGAAGUGCAGAAGAAGCAAAGCCCUAAUCCUCUACAUCUAAUUUUCGCACUCCCAUUUCCAUCUGCAGUAGCUUAUAGCUCUUUGCUCUACUUAUAUGGGAAGAGGAUUCAUACAUCAUCUUGGCUCAAGGAUUACAAAGUGAGGAAAGAGCUCUGAAAAGUGAUGGCUGUCCCACAAGUUGACAAGAAAAUGCUUGGUGAACUUGAAGCCAUGGGAUUCCCAACUGCACGUUCAGUUAGGGCACUCCAUUUUUCAGGUAAUUCCAAUCUUGAAUCUGCUGUAAACUGGCUUCUGGAACAUGAAAGUGACCCAGAUAUUGAUCGGCUACCACUGAUUCCAAGAGAAAUAAGCAUUGAAUGCGGUGACACAUCAGAUGAAGUAAGAAAUGACGUUGAAGGAAUGAGGGAUACUGUGCAGGAGCAGAAACCUAAAGAACACACUGAAACUGGGAGACAGAAUGAGACAUCCCAGUUGGAACGAGAACCAAAUGCAGAUGGACAGGAGGAAGAAGAUAGAAAGAGGAUAUUAGCACUAUAUAAGCAAAAACGAGACGAGGAAGGGAGGGCAAGAGGGCGGAUACGGAGUCAAUUACAAGAGGAUCAGAGGGAGAGGAUUCGAGCUGCUAAAGACCUUAUGGAAGCAAAGAGAAGUCUCGAGGAAAAUCAAAGGAAGCGGGUGAUGGAGAGUCGGGUAGCAGAUCAAGAGGAGGAGAAAAGAGCGAGGGAGAGGAUACGCCAGCGUAUAGCUGACGAUAAGGCAGAGAGGAGGAGACGGCUUGGUCUGCCGCAGGAUGAUCCUAGGGAUCCCGCCGCAACCAUGACGCCUGCAAAGGUAAAGCCUGCUGGACGCGCCGUCGUUGCGUCAGAGCAGCUGAGAGACUGCCUGCGAACCGUGAAGAAGAACCACAGGGAUGACCCUGCUGCAGUGGCAAGAGCGUACCAGGUGUUGCUCAAGAUUGUUGGCAACGUAGCGAAGAACCCAGGGGAGGAGAAGUUCAGGAGGAUCCGGCUCAGCAACCCUGUGUUCAAGGACAGGGUGGGCAGCGUGCGAGGCGGCGUGGAGUUCCUGGAGCUGUGCGGGUUCCGCAGGUUCAGCGGCAUCGGGUACCUGGUGAUGCCGAGGGACAAGGUCGACGUGGCUCUGCUCACCGCCGCCGGCGUCGAGAUCGCGUCGGCCUUGGAGAACCCCUACUUCGGCCUGCUCUCCAAGUGAAGCGAACGGCCGCUGUCGCUGCUUAUUGCUAAACCAUGAUGUACUGUACAGCUACAAUCUGGACGAUGAUAUUUGAUCCGUUCCCCUCUUGCCUUCAA